UUUGCAGUUUUAGGAAGAGUGAGGCCUCUCCAAACGGAAAAGCAUUUUCUCUUGGUGUUGGCUUGUGGGGAACACGUGCCGUUACUCUUUCUUCUUGAAGGCAGUUAGGAAGAAGUCUUGCUUGCGUGUGAUCUUGAAGAUGGGGGGGGCCGUGAGUGCUGGUGAAGACAACGACGAGCUGAUAGACAAUCUGAAAGAAGCACAGUACAUCCGGACUGAGCUGGUAGAGCAGGCUUUCCGAGCUGUCGAUCGUGCAGAUUAUUAUCUUGAAGAAUUCAAAGAAAAUGCUUAUAAAGACUUGGCGUGGAAGCAUGGCAACAUCCACCUCUCGGCCCCGUGCAUCUACUCAGAGGUGAUGGAAGCCCUGGACCUGCAGCCUGGGCUCUCGUUCCUGAACCUGGGCAGUGGCACUGGCUACCUCAGCUCCAUGGUGGGGCUCAUUCUCGGUCCUUUUGGUGUAAACCAUGGAGUGGAGCUUCAUUCAGAUGUGAUAGAGUAUGCAAAACAGAAGCUAGACUUCUUCAUCAGGACAAGUGAGAGCUUUGACAAGUUUGACUUCUGUGAACCUUCCUUUGUUACUGGCAAUUGCCUGGAAAUUUCUCCAGAUUGUUCUCAGUAUGAUCGGGUGUACUGUGGGGCUGGUGUGCAGAAAGAGCAUGAAGAGUACAUGAAGAGCCUUCUCAAAGUAGGGGGGAUCCUUGUCAUGCCGCUGGAGGAGAAGUUGACUAAGAUAACACGUACUGGUCCUUCUGCUUGGGAAACCAAGAAGAUUCUGGCUGUUUCUUUUGCUCCUCUGAUUCAGCCCUGCCACUCAGAGUCAGGAAAAUCAAGAUUUGUCCAGUUACCGCCACUGGCCGUUCGCAGCCUCCAGGACCUGGCUCGCAUCGCCAUCCGGGGCACCAUUAAGAAGAUCAUUCAUCAGGAAACAGUGAACAAAAGCGGAAAUGGACUAAAGAACACUCCCAGGUUUAAACGGAGGAGAGUUCGCCGUCGUCGGAUGGAAACGAUUGUCUUUUUGGACAAAGAGGUCUUUGCCAGUCGGAUUUCCAACCCCUCCGAUGACAACAGCUUUGAAGACUUGGAAGAGGAACGGCGGGAAGAAGAGGAGAAAGCCCCGCCUGAAACGAAGCCAGACCCCCCAGUGAACUUCCUGCGUGAGAAGGUCUUGAGCCUCCCUCUGCCAGAUCCCCUGAAAUACUACCUACUUUAUUACAGAGAAAAAUAAGUCUGUGGAACAGGGACAGGCGGCAGAGCUGACUGCCGAGCCCGAUGCGAUGCACCCGUCUGCCUCUGGGGUCACCUGGAGCAGACGCGAUGGGCUCUGCUCUCUGCGUUUCUUUUUCUAGUUUGUUCUUGAUCAUCCACUAAAAUUCCAUUCAACGGUAUGAUUUCCUUCAACAUAAUCUGACGAACGUGAAGUGCAUGGGAGAAGCUUUCUCAGAGGGAGACUGUCCUCGAGGAGUGGCUUCAGCUCUGGGGAAGCACCGAGGGCUGUGGGCGGGGACUGCUGAUCACCACUUCCCGCAGGUGCAAUCUGCAUUAAAGUGAGUGCCGGAGUUGAAAUAAUCUGUGCUGUUGCUUCUACAGUGUGAAACAGCACAAGUUUGUAAGUGUCUGAAACCUUUUCUGAGUGUGACACACUUACAUCCAAGUUUGAAUUUUACCAUAUCAACCUCUUAAUUACUGGCACUGAGUUUUACUAAACCGCUUAGUUUUCUAGGAGGAGGAGAACAUUAUUGAAAAGCCCUCUCUUAAGUAAAUUAAUUAACUCUUAUGUGAGUUGUCAAUUAUAAUUUAAAAAAAGAAAACUUUUGAUGAGGGGAGAGGAAUAAAAGUAAGAUGUCUUUAUGGAAUUUCCAAAGAAUUCCAAGAAAUCUUUUCUUGACACCUUUUGUCAACCUUUAAAAGAACCAAUCAAUGUCAAGUAAUCCCUUAAAGAAAUCCUGAAGAAUGAAACGGGCUUUGUGUAAGUGAAGAUGCUGCGUGACUUCUGCCGCAGCGGUGGGGGUGCUUGUUGGCCCAGCGUGCGCUGCAUAGUGGGCGUCUAAGGUGUUGGCGUGCCUGGUGCUCAGAGCAGGUGGAAAGUGUCAAGACCUGACGUAGAUUGGGACUGUGUUGUGCACAGCUUGUGCUUUGUUUACUUCAGUUGGCUAUUUUCCCGUAAUCACAUUAGAGUACUGAUUCACAGAUUUUAUCUUUUAUAAUUCUGGAAAAAAAGAUUUGUUAGUUUUGUAAUUUUCUUAACAAAUAUAUGUAUUUUAGUAGCUUCAUUGCAUUAAAACAGUGUAACUCACAGGAACCUGUGAUCUUCGCCAGGCCUGGUGUGUUGAGCUUUCUGUCCUCAUCUAGUUACGAGUCUAGACGAAAAGGCAAUCCUGGCAGUCAGAUGGCAGAAUGUUUUGAAGUUACAUUUCUUAUUCCAAAACGUUGUUUCUUUAAACUUUUUUUCUUACCCAAAGAAAAGAACAGUAUAAAAUGUAAACAGUAAACCCAAACUCAGAGUGCUGGUGUAGAUUAAGCCUCCAGGCUUUAUGUUUAGCCUCUUGGGAGUUGCUGGGUUCUUUGUCCUGUGGUUUCACCAGCUUAACUGAGUUCCUAUUUUUUUGCUUUUCUGCUUUUUUUAGUAAUGAAUCAUUUUCAUCACGGAUACUGUGUGCUUGCAUAGCUGGGAGCAUUUAUAUUCCCCUAGGUUUUUGAAUUUAAGAUAUUGUAAAGAAAGGUACUUCAUAGUUGUGUUUACCUGCCUUUUAACUCCAAGUUAAGCAUCAUUCUUUCAGAGAGAAAUGCAUGAUUUAUGUUUACUUGCUAACAUUUCAUAGUUUGCAGAUCCUUGUUGACCUUAUUCUCAUUGAUAUGUAGAGACCUGUGCAAUACAUGGACAUUUUUGGACAUAAUAUUAAAUAAAUGAUAUCUGUGAAAUCUGUUACAUUAGGUGGCUUGACCAAAUUUUUUUCCCUAUAAUUCUAUAUGGAUUUCACAUUUUUUAAAACCACAUUUGCCUUUAUGCUACAUUGUAAAAACUCUUUACAAUGCAUAGGACAUGUUGUUCCCUAUGUAUGUUAAACAUUUCCUAACAUUUUAUAUUUACCUGUUGUCAGUUUGUGAUUUUUAAACCAGAAUCUGCUUAUAUAUAUAUAUAUAGAUAAUAUAUGUGAAAUAGUGUGGUGUUUAUUAAAACUAAAGGAGAAUUGUAAAUGAGUUUUGCUGUGCUUAAGCACCUUACCCCGGAGUUCGGUAUGGUACACUGCUGUCUGUUUUCACAGAUGAGUUACGUAUAGUCUGUGUUGUCUGCACGCUCUCUAUGGUGAACCACCUUCGAGACAGCUGUUGACUCACGUGUGGAGUAGUCUGUAUUUUUAUAUGUGACUUUUGUCUUGAAAGUAGUAAAGCCAUAGACAUGUGCAAAACAAAUAUCAAAUUUAUGAAUGUUAAGUAUGUAAUGUAAAAAUCAACUAUGUAUGUAAAAAUAGUUUUGCCCAUCUGGAACUUUUAGGGGAUUAAUGCAAGAAAUUUGAAACAAAGAUUUUAAUGAGCUGAUGUACAUGGAUAAAUAUAAAAUUUAUCAAUAAAGGUAGUUAAGACACUUUAGCUUUCUUGGCAUUGCUUCUGUUUCCUGUGUGGGAUUGAAAUUCUUAACUACCUGUCUUCAUGAAAACCUUUAAAAAUAAACUUUUCUUCUUUUUUUUUAGAAUCA